CCCAUCGACACCUGAAGCCCCAAGCCGAGUGUCUCGUGGAUCUCUGGCUCUGGAUAUCUCGCUUUUCCGGUGUCGAUCGAUCCAGCACGCUCGCUCAUGAUUAUCAAUCCAACCUCGGUCGAAGACACCGAGUCGAUGGACGACGAAGCCAGUUUAAGUCCCUCUCUCGAGAUCGACGACGAUCCUUCGUCGUGUUUUGUGCUGUCAGACGACCAUGUACUCUCCUACCGGUCGUUCCAGGUUCGCAUGAACCCGGAGGACGUCAAAGACAAAGUGUUUCUCGCCAUCGUCAAGGCUCUGCUCAAGAUGGGCAACCGGCCAUGCACCCCAAAGGAACUCAGCGAAUGUAUUCAAAAGCACAAGUUUGCGGCGCUCGGCGGCAAUACUCCAUACGCGACGGUAUCCUCGAGGAUAUCGCAACACUUCAAGCGAGUCGCCGAGAGCCGACCACAUCCCCGCCCAGCGCUUCUUGGAAAACAAAACGUGAGCUCCCUGCGCAAAUUGGGCUACUUUGUCAACCAGAAGGGCGUCAGCGUUGACUUUCAAAUAGCGACGUCCAAGCCUCAUACUUCUGAGUCGGACGACUCCAGCGACGUCCCGGUUGAUGAGCUGCAGCCGACCGAGCAGCCCCCAGCAAUUGCGAACCCUGUGAUGGCGGACUCUGCGCGGGUGCACACAGCACCAUCGGCCUUGGCACCGGCGUCGUCCGCUAUUUCUGCAGUCCACACGAUCAGCACCCCUAGUAUCGAACGACGUCCGAAUCUGGCCGGUGCUCUCGCCUUCAGCCCAUCCACCGACUCGCCCGACAGCUCGGGCAAGCUUCCGGCAAAGAAUGGUGUCACACGUCCAUUCAGAGUCAACGGCGCUCUCAAGGACGCUGCUCGCGCGGCGACGAAACGGAAGCGAAUCGCAACUGGGAUGCAGGAGGACCCGUUGGAGCCGGUUAGGAGCUCAAAGCCAGCCUCUGCCAGGAAGCGAGCCAGUGUGGCGCCAGUUGUUGACGAACCACACAAACCACCGGACUGCGGCGCCGAGUCGGACGAAGAAAUCGACAUCAUGUCCGUGGAUGACGACGUCUUGUCUACAACAUCGGCGAUUCCGUCGUCCAACGCGGGCGAUGCACAGGCGACUCCGACGGGCUCACGCCAAAUCGCGCCUAGAGUGCCAACUUCCCAACCGAACCCUUUUGACGACGCAGCACCAUCGGACCAGCCUCCUAUCCUUGGCAUAUCGCUGUCGGACAGUGUCUCUGGGGAAGCUGCGGCAUCCGGAUCAAAUUCGACUCAGUCCGAGAUGGAUUUGCAGCUACGCAAGAACGAUCAGCAAUGUCCCCCGAAUGCAUCAAGUCCGAAACAUGCGGUGCUGGUCUCAUCGCUAUCCAGCGCCGAUCUGGGAUCCAAAUCGGAAGCCAGCAAUGUGGAUCCUGGUUGCAUCUCCGCCGCAACACCACAGCCCUCGACCGCUGGAAUCACCGUGCCCAGUGCUUCUGCUACUUUGUCAUCAGUGCUGUUCCCGCAAGCACCCAACUUCAACGGCUACAUCCCUGAUCCUGCCACAUCUACCAGUGACCGAACAGCGCCCUCCAUCAAUCGGGCUACCCUUCGAUAUGCUUCAAGCCAUGAGGCCAUCUUUAUGCCCAACAUGAUGUCUCCCGAGACUCAUCGCCCCCCAACAUUCUCGGACCGAUCGCCGAAUCUCGCGCAACUGCCACAUCACGGGUCAAGGUCCCAAUCCAAUAUCAACAAGGGAUGGCAUAUGGGUGACCCGGAUCUUUAUCUGCCAUCUCCAAUCGGGGACGACGCCAGUAUCUUUGGACUGGACGAGGGACUGAGGCUGGAUCUCGGCUCCUCCAGCCGCCACUCCGGCGGGCCGCACUCCCUUUCAUCCAAGUUCGUGCCCUUCGUCGCGCCAAUUGAUGCGUCGUAUGGCUCUGUCCGAACAGCUUCAGGAAUCCAGCGCAAACGCAAGGAUUCCUAUGAGUCGGGCCUGCAGAUGUUCCAGCGCCAUACUAGCACAGCGUCGCUCGAGCUGUUCGAGUCUUCACACAAGGCGGCGAAGCGCUUCAAGGUCAAUCCGCAGCAGCACACGAUCAAGCUGGGCGACUUUAUUCUGAGGCGGUCGUUCCUUGAGGCACCCAAUGGCUUGGUGGAAAUGGUUGUUGCCUCGCCGUUGACGGAGCUGCCGAUCUUCACGCUUCCAUGGUCGCCCCGUCCACCCAUCCUGCCAGCAAGCGCGCCGCACUUUGAGAUCUUUUGGAACCACGACUCCAGUCCGGUGCAAAUCGUCCAAUGUCUUGUCCAACUCACCGGCAUGGUCAAGCUCCGCGAUAUCCUCCUCAGACGCAUCCGGACGACUGGCGAAGAGAAGCUGCUAGAAAUGCGGUCACCGGCACACAUGGACUCACUCUCGACUUUGGCCAUCCUAGAUGCAGCAAAUCCGGCAUUGGUGCCGCCGCUGACCGCCAUCGACCUGCGCGAUCGCGUUUGCUGGAGCCGGUACCUCGAACUCCUGAUUUGGCUGGUGCGCGAGUCGGCCUCGACCACAAAGACCCUCCAGAUCAGCGGCUCGCUUGUGAGCUUGGACCAGAGCUUUGCAUUCGAUCCCUUUGGAAUGCUCGCGUUCGAGGGCUUGGGGCCGGCUCUGGGUGCCGAAGUCGACGGCCUUCACAACCACCUGAUUGUGUGGCUACAUGGGCUCCCAGGAUACACGAGCUUUAAGGAUAUGUCGCUGGAAGGCAUCUGGGUUUCAAGCGAAUGCGCCCAGCGACUCACUGAGGAGUUUGACCUGCUCCCGGUCACCAGCGAAGCCAUAUCGCUGAUAUGUGAGGGGUUUCAGACGCCCCAGGCUGCACAGUCAAGCUCGUUAUCAGGCGACGUCAGAGCAGCGUCCGCGCCUGUCACUGGCGGUAUCGAUGCAAUGGCUGAGGACGAAGGAAACGCCUUUUUUGUCUUCAGCGAGGGAGAAAGCGAAGCCAGCGACGACACCCCCGACACACCAAUGCUGCCGGCGCAGGCUUCAUCGUCGCUGUUGGAGGCCACUUCGACAGCAAGGCCGGCAUCGGACCCCUCGUCUGGAUCGACGGCAGAAUCGACUUCCGGGCCGUCGUCUGCUGCUGGAUCGGUGGCAACUCGAUUGUCAGCCACAGAACCGUCGCUUCAACAUGAAUCGGGUCCUGCUGCUCUCGGCCCGGCCUCGGAGACGACGACUCUCGGUCGUGUGCGGACUGAGCUGCUAGCCAGCCCGUUUACAAGUGGACGAGAUGAGCUCCUGUCUGAGACAUCCGUUUUACACAGCAGGACACGCCAACAUUGCCCAGUGCAUCUUUCCCCCAGCACGCUGGACCUCUUCCCUGCCGUCGAGAAUCCUCUACAUCCGCCCACGAAUGUGUGGAUGGUCGAGAUCGAAGGACUGUUAUGCUAUGUCACAUGGAUACCCGAAACUCACAGACUCCUGUCCGGUGCCGGCCGCUUGGGCAGCGAAUCGAUGCUGAGAGAAGGCGACGGUCGAGAGCCUCCAACAAGAUCCCCGCGCAUGCAAGCCCAAUCCCAGAAUAUCACUGAUGCUGCUCUGGCCGGCGCGAGCACUCUGCAGUCCCCCAGGCUCCGAGGCGAGGGCGAAACUGGCAUCCCGAUCCUCCGCAGAGUCGACAAUGGAAUGGUCAAUGCCACGCUUUUGCUCUAUGCCGGUGGCAUGAGGACCGAAGAAGAGCGAAGUAUUGCUCUCUCUUUGGAGCAGUCCAAGGUGCGGUGUCGCAAAGCCGACUCACAGCUCUAUGGGACAUGGAUCCCGCUCGGCCGUGCACGCGAACUCGCUCGGAGCUGCUGCUUGGAAGCCAAGCUCAGCACAAUUCUCGGCGACGAAAUUGGCAAGAUUGCUUUUCGUCGAGCGCUCUCUCCGGACUCGAUCCUACUGCCUCCAAGUGUCACCGAUCUGGAUCCACCCGGCGUCAAUACCCUUGGCCAGGAUUGCUCCGCGGAUUGCCCCAUGCUAGAGAGCACGACUGGUGCCGAAGGAUCCCCGGUCGCUCAAGAAGCGGGUCUCAUCCAACCAGAGCUUCGGACCAGCUCUGGCGUGGGCUCCGCUGCUGGGGCUUCAGUGAUCUCGACGGCAAGUUCAAGCGGUGUCUCCCCUGGCGCUGAAGUAACACUGCCACACAUAUCCACUACCCCUGUUCCGAAUACUGCUCAGUCUGUCCCGCCAGCUGUUACGGCUGACAAGGCUCUACCUGCUGUUGCCACGGCCGCUCCUUCUGUCGCGACUGUCCCUUCUCGAUCGAUAUCCGUAUCUGCGUCGGCAUCCCUUGUCGGCAAUAAGCCGCCCUCACUUGCUCGGACCUCCCCAGCGAAGGCUCUGGCCCCACCGAUGUCCUUGGAUGGCACUGGGCCUUCCCCAGCCAUCAAGUCGACAGCAGCCGCCGUUGUGCCUGCAGCUUUGCCGCAGUCCAAUGCGAAUGAACCACAGCGGCGUCCUGGGAAUGAUGGCAGGGAUGCACUGGCUUCUGCUGUGGAUGAGCCCCGGACCGCAGAGGUCGUAUCGAUACCAAGCAGCGCCUCCAAAGCGCUCUCACUGUCCGCUACAACCGCAGUCCCGCCUUCAACCACGCUUUCAACCACACCUUCAACCGCAGCUUUGACUACAGCGACAGCAGCGGGUCUCCGUCCCCCCUUGUUGACGAUAUCGCCUCGAGCUCCUUCUCGACCCACGCUGCCAACCCCGGCGCCGUCGGGAGCCGCCGCGUCCACUCCAUCGACACCAACGAUAACAGGCGGUGCGGCCUUGCCUCCAGCAUCGCCAGCGAUCUCAUCCUUAACUGCUGCAAAAGGAACUCCUUCGACGAGCCAGCCAUCAAAUACCCACACUCUGGCGGCUGCAGGGGCUGCGCCAGCGUCUCAGUCUGCACCAGCCACAGCUGCUGCCGGGACAAGGAAGCCCAAAAGCCGAUACACCGCUGCAAAGAAAGACGGUCCCAAACCCGGAUCCGUUGCCAAGACCACCGGCGAGCCGCUUCCCGGACUGGUCCGCAACAGGGUUCUGCAAGUAGGGUCUCCGAGCCGCCUCAAGCAACGCCUUCCCCUCCACCACCGCCGCCAGCAGCGGCAGCACAAAUGCAGGCCAAUGCGACGAACGCAGCCAUUAAUGCGCUGGCCUCGAAGCUGACGGCUAUGAUCGGGCCCCCAUCGACAUGGACAACAGCAUCGAUCACAAACGCCCUCGCGACACUGACAACGAACAGUGGGCUCGCCAAGUCUCCCGGGCUUUCGGUCCUGUCGCAAACCGGCCAAGGCGGUCAAGGAGUCAGCUUGACUGCAGCCCAAGCAAGCAGCCCCAACGUGGCUGGCUCUGUUGGCGGGCAGUCUGGCAUCCUGGGCAACGUCAAGGGACCGGGA